CGGGGCGCGGCGGGAGGCGGCGCUGCCGCUGCCUCAGAGCGCGGCCAUGGCGUACGGCGGCCUGGCCGUGCCCAUCAUCGUCAUGAGCGUGUUCUGGGGGGUGGUCGGCGGCGUCCUGCCCUGGCUCGUCCCCAAGGGCCCGAACCGCGGAGUUAUCAACACCAUGCUGGUCACCUGUGCUGUGUGCUGCUACCUGUUUUGGCUGAUUGCAAUUCUGGCUCAACUCAACCCUCUCUUUGGGCCGCAGUUAAGCAAUGAAACAAUCUGGUACCUUAGAUAUCACUGGCCUUGAGGAUGUCUGUGCUGUGCUGCAGUUCAUUGGCAGGUUCUAAGCUAUCACUCCGUCUAGAAGAGAGAAGUAAAAGAGUUCCCAUGGGAUGUCUCACUGGUGCUGAAUUGAAUGGAAAGAGAUAUUCCAAGCCAGGACAAAGAAGCCAUAGAGCAGUUUUCACCUAGAUGCUUCCCAGAAUGACACUCCCCUUUUCCAGCGUGGUUAAUAUUUUUUCUGAAGUAGAUGCCAGGUGGUAGCAUGACUGAAGAAGCUAAAAGAAUAAUAUUUUGUGUCUGUUCUGCUGCAUAUUGCAUGGUGGUUGGGGAAUGGUCUGCUCCUUGUGUGCCAGGAAUUAACACUGCUUGGGAUAAUUUCUUUAUUUUUUGCAUGACUGCAGGAAAUGAGAAGAGAGGGAUUCAGCCACUGGUGCUGAACAAACAGUGCAGGUACCAGAGCAUCUAUCACGCAUCCCUCUGUUGUCUGACAGCAACACAGAAUGUUCAAGUGUAAAAGAAAGAAGUUUGUGCUUGAAAUGGAAAACCUGUGCCUGUGUUGAAAGAUAUUUGGGUAAAAAAUUAGGAAGGUGAAAGAAGCCGACUCCACAGUCAAGUUGUGAAGGCUUUUAGGUUAUAAACUCUGGCAAUGUAUAGUGCGAGAAUUCAGGUCAGGGUCAUUUCAAAUGCUUGUAACUGCUUUUGUUCAUACUGUUUAGGAAAUGCAAAUAUCUGCAUCUCUGCCUGCCCCUUACAAGUAAUUGUUCUAAAGACUUUA